UGUCCUCUAUUCGCAUGAUCUGUUCCCCUCUGAACCGAACUGAAAAGCUCCUCUCUCUCUCUCUCUCUCUCUCUCUGCUGCUUCCCCUGCUACCUCCGAACUUGAGGUCGAGCUGCUGCUGCUUCCCCUACUACUACUCCCUAGGAGCUUGAGGUGGAGCGGCUGCUGCUCUCUGAUCUGCUGCUUCCCCUGCUCGAUCCCUAGUUUAAUUUGGGGAGUUGAUGAUUUGUUGAUUAUUUUAUAGUUGUGAUGAUUUUGGGUAAGAAGAUGCUCUGUUGAUUAUGUAUAGAAGCUGUGUUAAUUCCGCUGGAUUUGUGUUCUGGUACGCGAGAAAGUGAGUUUUUUGUUUGGGGGGGUUUAACAUUAACAUAAACAAAUGGCUUCUGGCAAAGAUGAUGUCGAUGCUGCUGCUGCUGCUUCUUCUCCACCCUCGUCCUCCUCGAAGAAUGUAUACAAGGAUCCUGAUGAUGGGAGGCAGCGGUUCUUGCUCGAAUUGGAGUUCGUGCAGUGUCUCGCCAAUCCUACCUAUAUCCACUAUUUGGCUCAGAACCGGUACUUUGAGGAUGAGGCUUUCAUUGGCUACUUGAAGUAUCUCCAGUACUGGCAGCGUCCUGAAUACAUGAAAUUCAUAAUGUACCCUCACUGCCUAUUCUUUCUAGAACUUCUCCAAAAUCCAAACUUCCGUGCUGCUAUGGCGCAUCCUGGCAACAAGGAGUUAGCGCAUCGGCAGCAAUUCUUUUUCUGGAAGAAUUAUAGGAAUAAUAGAUUGAAACACAUCUUACCGAGGCCCCUUCCCGAGCCUACUCCUGCUCCCACUGCUGUUCCCUCUGCUUUGGCUCCCCCUCCAGCACCUGCACCACCUGCAAAUAUGGCUGCUACAGCUCCUCCCCCUCCAGCUCUUUCUCCAAUGCAAUAUGCCGUUCCCCCUGGUUCCUCUCUCAUGAAGAAUGAUAUGAGGAACACAGCGAUUGAUCGGAGGAAGAGAAAGAAGGAAGGUUAAUUUCAAUUGCUUUUCGGAAGUUGGGAUGUGGAAGAAACACCCAAGGACCAUUAUGCACUGUCUGAGACCAAGUCGGCUGUAACAUCUUUCUCCAAGGCAUCGUACUGAAACCAAGAAGUCAGUGACUUGGGCUGGCGAAUGAACAAAUCGGAUGCCUUCACCGAAUCGACCAAAAUCUUGUAUUUGUGUCGUUAAGGUCAGAUCGAAUGGGCUCGUCCUGUUAGUAGUAGCUGUUGUAUAAUUGAAAUUGAAGUUGAAGGUGAUAAUUGUCAAAGUUGGGCUGUAACUGUUGCUCUUGGGUUUUGAUGUUGCUUUCUGACGUGCCUCUGCAGGCUAACGGAAAAGAAUUAAACUUUUUAGUCGGUAAUUCGAACUAAUUUUAAUUCA